GAUAUUUUGUUCCUUCCUCCUUCAUUUGGACGUCGGUGUUUGUGCAGUGAACUUUGUUGUGCGUGGUGUGUAGCACGUGUUGGAAUAUUUUACCUCUUUUAACGUUUUUGUUAAACAAAAAAUAACCAUGGCAGACGCAGCCGUCGACAAGAAAGAAGUAGCGCCCGAAGAGGUUUCCUCAACUGAGGUAAAAGAGUCUCCAGUAAAGAAGUCGCCCGCCAAGAAGGUUGCUGAAGUACCAGAGAGCAAUGGCAAAGAAGAGAAUGGCAGCGGCGACGCGCCAGAGGAAACUCCAGCUGAAAAUGGAGAGGGAGACGAAGAAAGCAAUGAUGCUACUGAAAAUGGUGAAGCAGAGAAAAAAGAAGCUGGUGUGAAGAGGAAAUCUGCUGUAGCAGACAAUGGUGAUGCAAAUGAGAAAACCACUCCUGAAAAGAAGCAGAAGGUAGCGGAUGAAGCCCCACCCGCUGAGGCCGAGGCCUAAAACUGUCAAGCCCCAAGCUUGGUUUACUGCAAUGCAUUGUAUGAUCAUUAGGUCCCAACUCUAACUACAAACAUAUCCUUUAUACACACAUAUACAUAUGUUGCAAUAAUACCAUAGUUUUUAUAAACCUAUUUUGUACUCAAGAUUUUUACAUUAGAGUUGGGCUCUUGUGUCACAACACUUUAAGUUAAAGUUUAAUUACUAUGUGUAUUAAACUAACCUGUGAAAUGUACCUGUAAAGUGUAAAUUUGUUUUGUCAGCCACGACUGAGAUGUGCAUCGCAGUGAACUGAACACACAUUUGGAUUCGGUGUUGUAUGCUGUUUGCGUAUCGGUGUCUAACUCAACAAGAAAUGGGUUUAUUGCAUUGAAUUAAAUUUUUCAUGUAUCGGUUUUGGUAACAAUCCGCCAGUAGAUACUGCCAAAGGAUUCACCUCAGGUGAAGUCAAUUCACAAUCCGUUCUGUGAACGAUGCGAUUUUAAACAGCUUCCGAAAUACAAGGUCUUUUAGAUAAACUAAGAUUUAAUUAAAGUUAGAUAAAUAAUUCAUUUGUAAAUUUAAGUUAGCAGUUAAAUGUCGCACAUUUUAUAUAUUUACAUAGGCAUUAAUACUUAACCAUUAAACAUUCCUUGACUUGUUUAUAAAUUGUGUUGUGAACAUAGAAACUUCUGGGUUGUUACCUGUUAGCAGUACAAACUUUCACUUUGACUGCAAUAUUGCUUUAGUUCACAGCAUAAUUAUUAUUUUAAGAUUGAAAUUCAUAAAGUUCAAAGUUGACAAAUAAGGUGAUAGUUCAUAUUGACAUUAAUUCUGCGUGUGCUAUUUUUUUGUAAUACUUAUGGGUCUUUUUUUAUCAUAUUGCUAUUUUUUCUAAUUUAUUUUGCUUUGAUAUGUGAUAGAAUACAAACCUCGAAUGUAAGAUAACCUUAUGGAUACGAAUCUUCAUUAUAUUCCAACAUAACCAAGAGUUUGAGGAAUACUAUUUUGACUAACUUUUUUUCAGAAUAAUAUUAUUAAAUAUAAAAUUGUUCAAUUUAUUCAAAGAGUACAGUAGUUUUAGUAGAAACUAAAGUAGAAUGUACAGUUUAACACUACUUCCUGUGGAGUAAAGUGUUUGUGAAACAUUUCUGGCAAUAAAUAGUCCAAUCUAAA